UGACCGUGAGGUCUUUACGCGCGCGUGGGCGUGACGUUCUGACGCGCCGCUCCGGACAAUAAAGACGCGCGUGUGAGAGCGAGCGCACACUGAUUUGACUGGUUACAGCUGGACCAGCGCAACAUUACAGCACAGCAUUAACAUGGCUCUGGACAUCGGCACCUGGGAUCUGGCGUGUCAGUUCAAUAACACGGAUCACCACACGGAGCUGAACGGCACGGAUCGGCUGAUCGUACGGAGAGGACAGGCCUUCACCAUCAACCUGUACCUGAACUCUGGCUCUUACCAGCCCGGAUACAGUCAGCUGCACAUCACUGCAGAGACAGGCCCUCAGCCUGAGGAGCAGUAUGGCACCAGAGCCGUGUUGGGCCUCAGCGAUGAGAUCGACGACACGCGCUGGAGUGCAGCGGUCAGCAGUCCGUCCGGAGACACUGUUUGUCUUUCUGUCUGCGCCGCUCCUGACGCUCCCAUCGGCCGGUACGUCCUGACUCUAGAUGGGCACAUCCAGUUCGACUUUAUUCUGCUCUUCAAUCCCUGGUGCCCAAGAGAUGUGGUCUACAUGGACAGUGAGGAGAAGCUGGCCGAGUACGUUCUGGCCCAGGAUGGGAUCAUCUUCAGGGGCGAUGUCGAAUACCCAGUCCCUUUGGCCUGGUAUUUUGGACAGUUUGAGGAGGGCAUACUGGAUGCUUGUUUGAGAAUCCUGGACAUGAACCCUAAACACAGUAGGAACCCUGGGAAGGACUGUUCUGGACGCAGAAACGUCAUUUAUGUCACAAGAGUGCUGAGUGCCAUGAUCAACAGCAAUGACCGGGACUACGGUGUGCUGGAGGGCUGCUGGAAGGACACGUUUGAAGGCGGCGUGAGCCCCAUGUCCUGGAGAGGAAGUGUUCAGAUCCUGAGGACAUGGAGCAGCACUUCCUGUCUGCCACUGCCAUACCUCCAUUUCUGCAUCCUUCCACCCUACGACUUAACAGUGUCUCGUGCUCUGGGAAUCCCAUGCAGGGUGGUAACAAACUUCUAUUCUGCCCAUGAUACCAACAGCAACCUUGUAAUCGAGCGUUAUCUCAACGAGAAGGGAGAAAUAGACAGCAGCACCAGAGAUAUGAUAUGGAACUACCACUGCUGGGUCGAGAGCUGGAUGACGCGACCCGAUCUCCCUCCGGGUUUUGACGGCUGGCAGGCGAGUGACCCGACGCCGCAGGAAAAAAGAAAAUGCGUGUUCUGCUGCGGGCCGGUUCCUCUGCGGGCGAUAAAAGAGGGUGAGCUCACCUUCAAAUACGACGCACCAUUUGUGUUCGCGGAGGUGAACGCAGACUUAGUGCACAUCCUGAAGUAUAACGAUGGGAGCACAAGGAAAAUCGUGAAUGAACAAAAAGUGGGGCAGAAGAUCAGCACCAAGAGCGUAGGCCGAGAUGCGAGAGAAGACAUCACACACCUGUACAAAUAUCCUGAAGGUUCUGCGGAGGAGAGGCAGGUUUUCGAGAAGGCAAACCACCAGAGCAAGCUGCAUCAGCAGCAAGCGAAGCCUGGGCUGCAAAUCACCAUCAAGCUGUCGACGGGGAUCAGGAAGGGCUGCGACUUUGACGUCUUUGCAAUUGUGACCAAUAACACUGAGGAGGAUAAGAAGUGCCGUCUGGUGUUUGCGUCACGCGCCGUGUCGUAUAACGGCGUCAUCGGCCGCGAGUGCGGCUUCAAAGACCUGCUCAAUUUGGAACUGGCUCCUGGAGGAGAGAGGAAGGUUCCUCUGAGGCUGAACUACAGUCAGUACUGCAACAAUCUAACAGAGGACAAUCUCAUCCGUCUGGGCGCUCUGCUGAUUGACUCCAGCACCAAGGAAGCCGUCAUGGCCAUGCGUGACAUCGUGUUGGACGACCCCGAGAUCAAAAUCAGGAUUCUGGGAGAACCCAAAGAGAAGCGUAAGCUGGCGGCGGAGCUCACUUUACAGAACCCACUGCCAGAAACCUUACAAGGCUGCUGCUUCACCAUCGAGGGCGCAAACCUCACCGGCGGCAGCAGCAUCACCGAGAAACUGGAGUCACCCAUCGAACCCGGGCAGGAGGCAAAAGUCAAAAUCUACUUCACUCCCACUCAGUCAGGCCUCUGCAAACUCGUGGUGGAUUUUGACAGCGACAAGCUGGGCCAUGUUAGAGGAUACAAGAACGUUAUCAUCGGGAAAUGAGACCCUUCGAUGGUGGAGAACGGAAUGUGAAAUCAUCUAUUUUCCCAUGUACUUGUCAGUAUUCACAGAGUAUUACGUUAUCUUUUAUAUACUGUAUUUUUCUAAGAAUGUGAAAAGCCAAGCUAGGCAAUAUGCAACAAUAAAUGUCAAGAAAUCCUUUCAUUUUUAGGACGCUGAAACAUGCACAUUCCUGGAUGUGUUUGGAGCCACAUUGCAUUGUGGGAAAUAUCAUGCUGUAAAAACACAAGAAUGAAAAUUAUGCAUGCAUAAAAGAGACAGUAGUUUGAGAGAGUAAACAUUUUAUAAGCCAUUUUUAUGUUUUUAUAUAUAUAUAUUACAUAUAUCUUUAUAUUCAGCUGUAGUUUGAGAGAGUAAACAUUUUAUAAGCCAUUUUUAUGUUUUUAUAUAUAUAUAUUACAUAUAUCUUUAUAUUCAGCUGUGACUUAUUACGUUUUUAAUCUGUUUUCAUUUAAAGACCUCAUAUCAUGAAAAAUCUAAUUAGAAUUCUUGAAAAGUGUAAAAAGGUUCUUUUUUGAAACUAAGCAGCCAGUUUCACUCUCAAAAGUGGCAUCUGUUUGUUUACAUUAAUCAUGCAAAUUUAUGAUGAUGCCCAUUGAAUGAGUGUCCACUAUGACUUUUUUUUUAUGUCCAAAAAAAAGCAUUACUAACAAUUUUUGUAUCAAUUUUAUUUUGGUUCUAAAAUUGGUAUGACCCCAUUAAAAGGUUUUUCUUCCGUUGAAUGAUUGCA